UGAUAGCCCAGCAUCAAGGUCCAACCAGACCACGCAAAUCCAUCCCCAUCACUCUCUCUCUCCCUCGCCGCCGGCGCCACCGCGCCGCCGACGACAGCAGUACGCCAUGCUCCGCCUCCACAAGUACGUCCUCACCCAACUGCUACCUUCUUCCUCCGCCUCCGCCUCCGCCAUCUCCCCUCUCAGCCGCCUCAUCUCCGCCGCCGCGCCCGCCGUUUCCCCCAACCCUAGCUGCUUCGCCGUGGAGGAGUACCUCGUCGCCACCUGCGGUCUCACCCGACCCCAGGCCGCCAAGGCCUCCGCCAAGCUCUCCCACCUCAAAUCCCCCGCCAAGCCCGACGCCGUCCUCGCCUUCCUCGCCGGCCUCGGCCUCUCCGGCGCCGAUGUCGCCGCCCUCGUCGCCAAGGACCCGCAGCUCCUCUGCGCCGGUGUGGAGAAAACCCUGGCCCCCAACGUCGCGGGGCUCACUGGCCUCGGUCUCUCGCCUUCUGAGAUCGCACGCCUCGUCUGGCUCUCCCGUAACAGCUUCCGCUCUAGAUCCAUCGUCUCCAAGCUGCAAUACUACUUGCCUCUCUUUGGGUCCUCUGAGCACCUCCUCCGGGCCUUCAAGAGGAACCCCUACCUUCUCUCGUCUGACCUUGAGGGUGUGGUCAAGCCCAAUGUCGCUUAUCUGCACGAGUGCGGGCUAGGUGCUUGUGAUAUUGCCAAGCUAUGCAUCAGUCGACCAGGUCUGCUCGUCAUCAAUCCAGAGCGCUUCCAGGACAUGGUGGCAUAUGCCGAAAACAUAGGUGUGCCCUGUGGUUCUGGGAUGUUCAGCCACGCGCUGCAUGCUGUUGCGUGUUUCAGCAAAGAGGAGAUCGCGGCCAGGGUGGACUACUUGAAGAACACGUUCAUGUGGACGGAUGCUGAGGUGGGCAUUGCUGUUUCUAAGGCCCCAUUGAUACUGACGAGGUCCAAGGAAUCGCUGCAGCGCAGGUCUGAGUUCCUCAUCUCCAAGGUGGGGUUGGAACCGGCAUAUAUUGCUUGUCGUCCGACAAUGCUCACGUAUAGCUUGGAGGGUCGGCUCAGACCCCGGUACUAUGUUGUCAAAUUUCUCAAGGAAAGUGGAUUGCUAGAUCAUGACCGGGGCUACUUUGGUGCAGUCACGAUCAGCGAGAAGGUAUUCGUCAAGAAGUUCAUAUGCCCUCAUAAGGAUGCUGCACCGCAUCUCGCUGAAGAUUAUGCAACAGCUUGCAGAGGGGAGGUUCCAGCUAGAUUCAGUUUCACAUGAACCAAGACUAAUAAGAAAAUUGGUAUGUUCAUUAUGUCAUUCAGUAGAGAAGAAACCAUCACACUGCUGUGAAAUGGCCAUUUCAGUUUUGAAUGCAAUCCUCAAUCAAUAUUUCCAUGAAAGAAUGGUCUCAUUUUGGCCAUAAA